GUUGUUUAGGUCCUACUUAAAAUGACAAAAACUGUCGCCCGCUCUCCGCGCGCGGUAUUUUCGAAAAACUUAAUUAGUGGCUUAUAUGUUCUUCCAGACUAUGUUCUACAUCUAUGACGAAUUUCCAUACAGUCGUUCUAGCGAUACCUUCAAAUAAACAUCUAUCCAUAUACAUUCGAUAUUAAGUAAGAUUAAUCACUCAUCAAACACAAGCGAACAUUAGUUAUAAUAAAAACAAUUUGUUUGGAUCUUAAUGCUAUUAAACACCCUAAUAUCACGCCAAUGCGAGUAGGUUUUGCCUCGGGAUGUAUCGACGAUAUCCUUAAGUCAACAUUAUAAGUAUGUUCUUACUUUUUUUCCUAAACGAAAAUUUCAGAAGACAGUGUCUUUGUUGCAAAAAUUGUACCGAAUGCCAGGAGUUUAAGAAAGUUAUUUCAGAAACUGGCUUUGAAGUGUAUCUGUACAUACAAGAUGCGGAAUGUUAUAAUAAAAAUUACGAUUUGUUAGAACACCAAGGUUUUAUUUUUCAAAAUACGCAAGAUGAUACGAUAAAUUCCAACGAAUUUUUGAGAAAAAUUGAAUCAAGCGAUUUUACGUGUCAACGGUGUAGAGCUAUACUUAAACGACUUGCUAAUGUUUUCAAUAACACGACUAUUAAGAAAAACGAAAUAAUAGUUAUUUGCGACUGUUGUAUAAGCGAUAAAUUAAAUGAAGUGGAACCAUGUAAAUAUUGUCAUAAUAUUUACGAUAAAUUUAACUUAAACAAGUCAUUACAAGAUUCUUUAACGAAAGAGUACACGGGGAAAUGGAUUGCGCAAAUUCGUCAGAUAUUGGAUAAAAAAAGUUCCACACACCAACUGCUAGCUCUUCGACGGAAAGCAUUACACGGGCCGGAUUCUCCCGAUUUAUUAUCGCCGCAGAAGCGGGUUAAGUAUGAACAACGAGUCAAUGAUGUCUUAAAAAAUGAAGCAGAAAUUGAUAAAAAAAAGUCAAGUUUAUUAUGUAUGUCACCUGAGCGUAUAUAUGAACCAAAACAAAUAAUGGAUGCCCCAAAAAUGGAUGUUCGAAGUCACUUAGAUAUAGAGGAAGUAACGAAGGAACAGGGGCAUCUGUUAAGUCCAAAACUUUCCCAGCAAUACGACGAUUUUGGAGAAUUGAAGUCAACCAUUACGACAGGAGUUUCCAAAGAAACAUUCAAAUAUGUGUUUCCUAAAACUGAUACCGAAUUUCAGGACAUUAAAGAGUAUGCCAGUUCAAGCGAACUGCUUAAAGAAAUCCAAGAGAAAGUAAUGUUAUUAAAAAAAAGACAAAAGCAGGAACCUUCAACAGGGGAGAGAAAACAAAAGAAAAAGAAAGCUCUUUCUGUACGAGUAACUUUAGAAGAUGACAAAGAUAAAGAAGUAUUGGAUGUUUCGUCUCCUACAAUUUCAGAAAAAAGUAAAGUAAAACGUGGUAAAUUGAUUAAGGAAUCAAAAAAAGACAAAGAAUAUGAAAGUUCUGAUGCUUCGUCAAGAACAAGUACACCCCAACACAUAAGUAAGCGGCCUAAAAUUCCUCCUGAAUCGCCGAGUCCGAAAGCUAUUAAUAAACCUGAAAAGACAAAACGUAAACCUGACAAAGAAAUUACUUCAGGAAGAUUAGAGGAAAAUGUCAAAGAGCGCGUUAAGAAAGAUCGUCAACCUGUUAAAAGAGAGCCUGAAACUGAAAUGAAAUAUGCGGAAAUAAAACCAGAAAAGAUCAAACCAGUAGAAGAGAGCGGCGACGGUUUAAUAAUGGCAGUGAAGAAAGCUUCAAAAGAAUUGCUGAAAAAGAAGGAAGAAAAACCAGCUCCGCAGCCGAAACCACAAAAAGAAAAUAAAAUAACAGUAAGCGAAUCUUAUACCAAGGCUAUGAAGGAUGCUAAGGAUAAAUUAACAAGUCCAAAAGAACCUAAAGUUCCAAAAGAAAGUGAGAAAGAAAAAAGAAGUAAAUCUGCUUACACGGAAAAUAUAAAUGUAAAUCAAGUGAAGAUAAGGAAAGGAUCUGUUGACGAUCAUGACAUAGGUUUGCUCAAAUUUAGAGAUUCAAUGCAACAAGAAAAAGCUAAAAAAUUAACUCAAUCAGAACUAUAUAUUUUACCUCCGCCGGUGCAGCGUCAACCACCUCCCAAAAUUGAAAGAACACCCUCAGGUAGCCGCGAAGAUUCUGAUUUAGAUACUGAUAUUGAAGAGUUAUUAAGAAAAAGUAAAUUAAACCAAGUCAAUGAAAUCAUAAUAGGACAAAAAAUCUUAAAACAAAAACUACGUGAUAAAAGAGAUAAGAGGAAAGAAAUUCGACCUUUGUUAUUUGAAUCCACAUUUUAUGCGGUUGACACAGAAGUUAAAAAAGAAGUCAUGGAUAAGAAAACCUCCAUGUCUCUUUAUACAGAAGGUAGAAAGAAAAGAAAAAUUAGCGACCAAGAAGCUGCUAAAGGUACUGUGCGGUAUGCAUUGUCGAAUCGUUCGUUUAUUGACAAGGGCUGGACCAUGCUACCAACUGAGAAAAUAGUACGCAAGUUGAACGUUUAUCGAAUGCGGCCUUCACAUCCUGAAUUCGAUUGGUUCGAGAACAACAAGAGCAAACAGGUGAUGUACUACGACACGGGUGAGAUUCUCGCGGAAUUCCAUGAAGACGGCAGAGGGCGCUGGUAUUACAGGAAUGGCAGAUUAGCCUUGGAUUAUUAUAAUGCGGAAGAGAUGAAUGCCGGUCAGCGGUACGUGGUGUACAGUAACGGAGAACCCGAUGAAAAAGGUUGCCCUCGACCGAUAACCGUUCUAGCGACAUUCGACUAUCUCGGUAACGGCAUUGUUUUUGAUCACACUGGGAAAACAAGACUCAAAUAUAAUCAAACUGAAGGAGUCGUGUUAGAUAAAAGCAUAGGCCCGGUAUCACAUUGGAAAUGGCACGAACUAAACGAUCCUCCAAUACUACAAAAAGUUAUGUUGGACACACAAAUGGCAGUCAAAGAUCCAGAAAUACUAAAACUUGGAGGUAGGGACACACAAACUCUGCGACCGGACAACGAAGAAAUGCUGGCGAUCGAGUUCGAUAAUUUUAUUAAGGAGAAAAGCAAAAAGCUGACGCAAAAGUUCAAACCGUUUCAAAUUAAAAUGAAAGCAUUGAAAGUCAACGAAAACUUUUCGUUGCGAGUAUUGGAUCAGGCGAGCGUGUAUUUAACGUUUAGAGACGGUCCGACGAAUAUGAAAUUGAAUUUGGGUAUGAUUUUGGACCAUAAAGAGAUUGUAGACACGGAGACCGCGGAAGUUGGUGAGGUGUCGUGUAAUGUGGAGCGGUUCCCGGCUCGUACGGACAGCCUUGCAAUGUUGCAGCGCAGCAUUGCGCACGCGCAGCACGUCGAGAGACUUCGGCUGGAACGUGAGCGCCGAUACAAGAUCUCAGAAAUCAAAAAUAGCAUCGACCGUCUGACUGCGGCUGCGUCGCGACCUUUACAGCCGCCUCUCUAUUUCCAACAGACCUCUGGCCGUGCUAUACCAAAAACAGAAUGCUAUUGUAAACUCGAAAAUCCUCCUACCUGUACGUGAUUUACUUCGUAAUCGUAUAUUAAUUUCUUAUAAUUUUAUUUUCAUACAUUUGUAUUACAUUCUUACAUGCAUUUUGAUAUUUCAUCUUUGAAUGACUUUUGAGCCCAAUCAAUACUUUUGUAGCGAUAAAAUCAUGUAAUGAAUUUAAAAUCAUUUUGAAAAAUUUUUGAGACUAGUAUUUAUAAAAUUAUUUGAUUGCUAUUUGUGUCUUUUUUUGCUCGUUUUGAAACUGACAAAUAGUAAAAUCAUGUAUAUAUGUGUACUGUAAUC